GUCGUGAGAGAGCUACUUCUACAUUCUACAUACAGUACCUUAAAUCUACCAAGCAGGCCAAAUCAUGCGCGCAGAUAGGACAACCGCAUAAGUCUAUUGACGCUUCUCCUUCCUGAACGUAAAGCCACUGCAAACGAAGUGCACUGAACUUUAGGCUGAUAUACUUGCAACGUUGAUACGCGGGGGAAAAUAGCGUCGCGGCAAAAGAUGCACUGAGUGAAUUUGCCGGCCGGCGGGCGGUUCUCAGCCUCCGCGCCAAUUUGCCAUCUUUCAGUUUGUGACCUGUUAUAAUGGAGUACGAGCCAGCAGAAUACCAGAAGCUGCAAGUGCGCCAGUAUGCGCCACGCGAGCUCAGGGAGACCGCCGAGGGGAAAUACUGGCGGCAGUUUAAGGCACCAAUUAUAGCGAAACAGUUUGGCGGCGUCACGCACAUCGACUUCUGCCAACAGUACCCCUAUAACCUGGCCGUCACCGCGUCGACACGAGUUAUUAUAUACAAUGGCCUUGCGCCCGCGGUGGUGGGCCGCACCAUCAGCCGCUUCAAGGACAUCGCCUACAGCGGCUGCUUCCGGAGCGAUGGCCGCCUCGUGUGUGCGGGCGGGCAGGACGGCGUGGUGCAGGUGUUUGACGCCAACAGCCGCUCCGUGCUUCGCCAGUUCAAACUGCACAAGCGCGCCACGCGCGUGGCCCGCUUCGGCGCCGACAAGCUGCACGUGCUGUCGGGCAGUGACGACGUGACGGUGCGCUGGUGGGACGUGAGCGCCGGCAGCCAGGUGCUGCGGCUUGAUGGGCACCGCGACUAUGUGCGGGCGGCGGCGGCCAGCCCCGCCAGUCACGACACGUGGCUGACGGGCAGCUACGACCACACAGUGAAGCUGUGGGACGUGCGGGCGGGCGGCAGCGCGGUGCUGAGUCUGGAGCACGGCGCGCCGGUGGAGGACGUGGCGUUCUUCCCCUCGGGCUCCAUGGCGGUGACGGCGGGCGGCAACUACCUGUGUGUGUGGGACCUGCUGGGCGGCGGCGGCGGGCGGCUGCUGAAGCGGCUGGACAACUUCCAGAAGACCGUCACGUGCGUGCGCCUCAGCCCGCUGGCGGGGCCGGACUCAGCGGCGGCGCCGCGCAUGCUUGCGGGCUCCCUGGACGGACACGUCAAGAUCUUCGAGCUGGACUCGUUCCGUGUGACGCACGCCUCCAAGUACCCGGCGCCCGUCAUGAGCCUGGGCCUGUCACCCGACUGCCGACUGAUGGCGGUGGGCAUGGCGGACGGCAACCUGAGCGUGCGGAAACACGCGCGGCCCAAGCGGGCAGGCGUGGGAGCCGGGCUGGGCGCGCCGGAGCAGCGGCAACGGCGGGCUCCGCGCCUGACGGCCGCCAACUACCGCUACUUCAUCCGCGGCCAGAACAGCCGCGCCGCCGCCUCCGACUACCGGGUGGUGCGGCAGCGGCAGGUGCGGCUGCAGGCGUACGACCGCAUGCUGAGGCAGUUCAGGUACCGCGAGUCUCUGGACGCGGCGCUGUCCACCCGGCAGCCUGAGGUGGUGGCCAGUGUGCUGGAGGAGCUGGCGGCGCGCGGCGGACUGGCGGGCGCGCUGGGCGGGCGGGACGCGGAGGGGCUGCUGCCGCUGCUGCGGCACCUGGUCAAGUACAUCGCAGAGCCCAGGUACACUCGGCUGCUGGCGGGCGUGGCGCACCGGCUGCUGGACACCUACAGCGGCGUGGUGGGCACCGCCCCCGCAGUUGACAAGGCGCUGGGGGUGCUGCGCGACCGGCUGGCGGAGGAGCUGGGCGUGCAGGACCAGCUGAGCGGGCUGGCGGGCGCGCUGGAGCCGCUGCUGGCGGCGUCGCUGGCGGGCGCGGUGUUUUGAGCUGGCGCUGCUGCUGAGGAGGAGGAUAAGGCGAGGGGGGGGAUGCGAGAUGUGGUUAAGGGGGGCCAGGUCAUGAUAGUUUGCGACCCUGGAGGAUCCUCAUGCUGUGGCGCUGAAUGUUGAUUGCUGAAUGGGCAUUGCCAGGCUGCUGCAGGGCAGUGUACAACUGGGUCCGAGCGCACUAGCUCAUGAUGGCUUUGGCUAGGGGCGCCUACCGUACGUCCGUACUUUGCCGGUUGUGGUGCACGCCUGGCGCGCACCUGUGGUUCGGCACCCAAGCACCGGUUACGCCAAGCUCUUGACUUGUAGCGGAGUGGAUGGUUGCAUGCUGUAGAUUGUCCCCUAGUGCAUGGGCUAGGGGCCUGGGUGACGCGGGCGUGGCAGCAUGGCGCUCGCGUAGUCAAGCGGCCUGGAGCACCGCUAGAGUUGGACCCUGUGAGGCCGUACGGUAGGAAACACUCGAGUGCAUGGAGCCCCCUACGGGCGAUCGGAGGUAUACGGUACGUGUUCUACUGCUAGGGCUAUACGCGUAUCACUAUCAGGCCCUGGCUUUGCUUGUGCGUGGCUGAUGCCAGAAUGCGCGUGGUUCACGGCGCGGUGCAAGGGCUUAGUGGCCGCUCUCGGUGCCUCUUAUGUUGUGAGAGGCGCGGCGCGCGCCAGCACAAUGUAACGGAGUUGGAGCUCAUGGCAA